AUGAGUAAACGUCGUAAUGGUGAAUCUGCUGAGAAAAUGCAGUUUUAUGCUGAGAAGUUGAAGAAAUAUCAAAAAUUAUUGGAUGAAGUUAAAGAUCUUUCAGAUGAAAAGGAUUCUGAUGUUGAAUCUCACAUUGGCAAAGGCUCAGAUAAUGAUGAUCUGGAGUCUUUGAGCUCUAAUGGUGAAGUAAAUUCACAAACGACAUCUCGCGAGCUACAAGAGACGAAGGUUGACGUAGAGGAGCCGCCUACACAACUCAGUGAGAAGGCUUCGUUGUUGCUUGGUGUUGCCAAGCGUCAACUAAAGGAUCAGACCUUUAAUUUUCAUCCAGAAUUAGCAGCCUGCUGGAAUGAAAUUCUGGACUCUGGUUUGGAUGCGAAGAUCAAAAAAUCUUUUGAGGAAACUUACCCGAAUAAAGGUGAUUGUUCUUUGAUUGCCCCGGAAUUGAAUCCAGAGUUACUUCCUUUUCUUCACAAGACUGCUAAGAGUCGGGACAAAUACCUGGUCUCAAGUCAAGGAUCUUUGUGGCCGAGGUUUAGUCGCACUCGGAAAAUCUAUUUGUGCAAUUUUCGAUGA